UGAAACGCUCUCGUCAUCCAUAGGGGACACUUCCUGCGAGGCCCCGCCCCUUCAGUAAUAACAGGUUUUCGUCGCCCAUCAGUCAGCGGAGAGAUGGAGGCCGCGAGCCGCGAGCAGGAGAGGAGCAGCGCGGCGCAGAGACGCGCGGAGCUCCGCAGGAGGAGGCUGCUGCUGAACUCUGAGGAGCGCAUGAAGAAGAUCGUGGGCUUCAGCCAAAAUGAGACGGACAGCAGGCCCAGAGUCCUGGAGCCGCGGUUCCACCUGGAUCUGGAGCGGAGCGAGCCCUGGUCCUCCUCCUGCUCCUCGAAGAGACUCUCGCCGCUGGUGUCCGAGACGGUGGGCAGCGUCUGCGAUGCGUCCGAGAGGAGCGGCGAGGCGGCGGGUGAGGGUGAGCUGGCGGCAGACGAGCGCUCGGCGUCUCCUCGCAGGGGUCUGCAGAAGUAUCUGUCCUGCUUCGACGACGCCCUGAAGCUGCGAGGACAGCUGUCCGCUGAGAAGCCGGCUCAGGACAGCGGCGGGGACGAGGAGCUGGACUCGUUCCGUGUCUUCCGGCUCGUGUGCAGCGUCGCUCUGGCCGUCUUCGUGCGCAUCUUCGUGUGUCAGUAUCUGUCCAUCUUCGCACCGUUCCUCACUCUGGAGCUGGGCUUCAUGGGACUGCACAAAUACUUCCCCAAGGUGGAGAAGAAGAGCCAGACCACGGUGCUGACCGCUGCGCUGCUGCUGUCGGGGAUCCCUGCUGAGGUCAUCAGCCGCUCCAUGGACACCUACAGGAAGAUGAGCGACGUCUUCUCUGACCUCUGCGUCUACUUCUUCAGCUUCAUCAUGUGUCACGAGCUGCUGCCGCUCUGAGGAGACCAGCGCUGACCGAUGAGAGACUGACGUCCAUUUCCUGCAUCUCAGCCCACAUUUUAAUCCUCGUUUUAACGUCCUCCUCAAUCUUAUUUGACGUAGUGUUGGUCAGUUAGAGAUGCUGUGAACUAGUGAAGGCUGCGGGUGGCUCUCACACCUGGCUCAUGUUUCACUCCAGAAUACAAAGAAGUUCAAGCCUUGUUUGGACCGUUAAGCAAUAGUUCAGCCAAACAUGAACACGUGCUGUAAAUGUGCUCACGCUCAGUUCAUCUGAGAUCAGGAUGAGUGUGUGUCUUCAUCAGGUUUGUAGAAAUGUAGCACUGCAUCAGUGUCUCAUCAAUGGAUGCUCUGCAGUGAAUGGGUGCCGUCAGAAUGAGAGUCCAAACAGCUGAUAAAAACAUCACAAUAAUCCACAAGUAAUCCACAGCACUCCAGUCCAUCAGUGAACAUCUGAACCCAAUCAUUUUUGGCUGAAUUAUUCCUUUGACUUGUUUCCAUCAUGAUGUGAUCUGAUGAAUGAAUCUCAGCAGCGUGAGUGAAACAUGACGCAGUCUAACGGUGACCCACGCAGCUGACCUCACUGGAUCUGUUAGUCUAGAGCUGAUCAUGAAGGGGUCCACGCUGUGGUUGUGAUCGGCUCAUCCUGGUGAGUGUGUUAGUUUCUCUCUGUACACAGUAGUAUUGUAGAGCUGCCCGUGUGUUUUGGGUUAAACUGGGUUUGCCAGACAUUAUUCAUGCUGAUCUGCAUGAUUUGUAUUUAAGUGAAUAUAAAUGUGGUUAUGUUCUGUUGUUCUGGACUGCAGGUGGUUUGUAAUUGUUUCUGAUCAUGUUUACAUGACUCUGUAACACUGCUUUCUGAUGAGCUGAGGUCUGACUCUAAUGCCUGUGAUUGUAUAAUAUCUUUGAUUACUUCCAGUCGGAGGGAGAAGCUACUGUGAUAACAAUAAACAUCAGUGUAUCCUUCUGA